AUGAUCACUCUCCGUCCAUUCAGGCUAUCUGACGUUGAUGAUCUCAUGUCAUACGCAGGCGAUGAUCAAGUGACUCGGUCCCUCCGAUGGAAGACUUUGACAACCAGAGAUGAGGCUUUGACUUUCAUCAAGGAUGUUUGUAUCCCCCACCCUUGGCGCCGGGCGAUAUGCAUCGAUGACCGUUCGAUCGGGUUUGUAACCAUUUUUCCAGGAUCAGGUGAUGACAGGUACAAGGCAGACUUGGGAUAUGCAAUAGCUGCAAAGUACUGGGGGCAAGGGAUUACCACCAAAGCAGUUAAGAUUGCGGUGUCUCAAGUUUUCAAUGACUUCCCUAUUUUGGUGAGGUUGCAGGCUUUUGCUGAUGUAGAGAACAAGGCCUCCCAGAGGGUUUUAGAGAAAUCUGGGUUCCAAAGGGAGGGUGUGUUGAGGAAAUAUGGAUAUCUUAAGGGAAAUAUUAAGGAUUUGGUUGUUUAUAGUUUUCUAUCAACAGAAGUUGCAGUGUUAUAA